CAAUGGCAACGGCAAUGACGAGAACAACAGCAACGAUGUUGCUGCAUCCUUAGCAGAGAGAGAGAAUUGAAUGCCACACACAUCUUGUAACUUUCGUUGUCAACACGAAUCCCUCAUUGGGAGCAAUUCCUCUCGUUUCGUUUUCGUGUUCGGAUUUUGCCUCUAAAUCAUGAUGGAAGCUUUGAUCGAGUUAUGCGACCUGAUUGCGCAGAAUCCAUCACAAUUCUCCGACAAACUCUCAUGGAUAUGCGACAAAUGUCCACCGCCGGAGUACCUAUCGGCCGGAAGUCCUAGGGUUUCACGCUCUCAGCUCAAUGCCGUCCUCGCCGUCGCUCGCUUCUUGUCCAAGUGCCCCGAUUCCACCGAUCUACGGCCUAAGUCAGUCGCCGUCGAGUUCCUUCGCUCCAUUCCCUAUUCCUUCACUCAAUCCUUCUGGCCCCACCCCUUUAGCGCCGAUUACGUUACCUCUUUCUUCGUCGAUUUCCUCGGUUACGUCUCCAAAGCCACCGAAUUGUCGUCGGAUUUUGCCGAGGAGGUCGCCGGAUUCUCCGGGGAAGUAGUGAUAUCGGCGAUCGGUGAACAGCACUCCGGCAUUGCUAGGGCUUUCUUGGUCGCUUUGUCGCGGAACUUUCUUCCAAUUUCAUCUUCGGAUGCAGAUAAAUUGGUGACUUCUUUGAUCGAUCAAUUUGCGGCCCCCAUCAUCCCUGUCGCCGGGGAACUCAUUGCCGGAAACUCUGACAUUUCUUCGUCUCAGAGUUCGCCCCUCAGUGUAAACCACCAAUCUCAAACCAAUUACAAUGGCAGUCCGGUGAAUGAAGUGAUGAGCAAUGUGUCUGGUUCUUCGAGCAGUGCGGCUUCUAAGGCUAUGGAUGAGGCUAGCACUGCCUCUUCAAGAGGGUCGGCCAUGACGAAUGGCGGAAACCAUAUUUGGAGGACUAAUGCUGAUCAGUUGGCACAGAACUUGGGUUUAAAUGAUGGUGGUCCUUGUGGAGUCUCGUCUGGCCAACAAGUUGCUUCCUUCGAGGAAGAGUCUGUGGAGUUCUUGGAGAGACAAGAGAUAGCUUUUAAGUUGAUUGCUCACGUAUUGGAAAAGGUUCACAUUGAUCCUACCCUUUUGGAGCAGGUUAGGUUAAUUGGGAAGAAGCAGAUUCAGUCUAUUUCUGUUUUUCUAAAGAUAAGGAAGAGGGAUUGGCAUGAGCAGGGGUCACUUCUGAAAGCAAGAAUUAAUACUAAACUGUCAGUUUAUAGAGCUGCCGUGAGACUUAAAAUCAAGAGCCUCUCGGCACUGGAUUCUGAUUCGAGAUCUGUAAAGAGAUUGGUUUAUGAGGCAGUUGCGAUAUUGAUAGAUGCUGCCGAGGCAUGCUUACUAUCUGGAUGGCGGAAGUUGAGAACGUGUGAAGAGCUCUUCAGUUCCUUGCUUCUUGGGGUAGCACAAAUUGCUAUCACCAGAGGAGGUCAGCCGUUGCGUAUUUUGCUCAUUCGCCUUAAGCCAAUUGUUCUUAACGUUUGUGCUCAGCCUGAUACAUGGAGCAACAACCAGGGAGCCAUGUUUGAGAGUGUCACAAAGGCCAGCUGCCAGAUUAUUGAAUCCUGCUGGAAUAAGGAGCGGGCCCCUGUAGACACAUACAUCAUGGGAUUAGCCCAAAGCAUACGUGAACGGAAUGAUUACCAGGAACAGGACAACCAAGAGAAACCUGCAGUUCCUUUUGUACAGCUUAAUAUUAUACGCCUAUUUGCUGAACUGAGUGUUGCAGUCAACAAGUCUGAGCUGGUAGACGUGAUAUUACCUCUUUUUAUUGAAAGCUUAGAAGAGGGUGAUGCUUCAACUCCUAGUUUAUUGAGACUCCGACUUCUUGAUGCUGUGUCUCGAAUGGCUAGUUUAGGUUUUGAGAAAUCUUACCGUGAGACAAUGGUUUUGAUGACUAGAAGUUACAUGAAUAAACUUUCCAGUGUAGGAUCGGCUGAAAGCAAAACAGAGGCACCUGAAGCCACAACUGAGCGAGUUGAAACUCUACCUGCAGGAUUUCUUCUUAUUGCUAGUGGUCUUACUAGUGAUAGAUUACGUUCAGAUUAUCGCCAUCGAUUGCUCUCCCUGUGCUCAGAUGUUGGUUUAGCUGCUGAGUCUAAAAGUGGAAGGAGUGGAGCAGAUUUCCUGGGUCCUCUGCUCCCGGCAGUUGCUGCGAUUUGUUCUGAUUUUGAUCCUACUUUAAAUGUGGAGCCAUCACUAUUAAAACUGUUUCGCAACCUAUGGUUCUAUGUUGCUCUUUAUGGCCUUGCACCUCCAAUACAGAAGACUCAGCUAACUACAAAGUCAGUUUCCAGUACCCUGAACAGUGUGGGAAGCAUGGGUGGGAUUGCCCUUCAAGCUGUAAGUGGGCCAUAUAUGUGGAAUAUGGAGUGGUCUUCUGCUGUUCAGAGAAUUUCUCAGGGGACUCCUCCACUAGUUGUUAGCUCGGUGAAAUGGCUCGAGGAUGAGUUAGAACUAAAUGCUCUGCACAACCCAGGAAGUCGCCAAGGAAGUGGCAAUGAGAAAGCUGCUCUUGCACAGAGAACUGCUCUUUCUGCAGCUUUAGGAGGGAGAGUUGAUGUCACGGCAAUGACCACAAUCUCAGGAGUGAAAGCUACUUAUCUUCUUGCCGUAGCUUUUCUAGAGAUCAUCCGCUUCAGCAGCAAUGGCGGAAUCCUAAAUGGUGGCACCACUAUGGAUGCUGCUAGAAGUGCCUUCACUUGUGUCUUUGAAUAUCUCAAGACUCCAAAUCUAAUGCCCGCUGUCUUCCAGUGCUUAACAGCAAUUGUCCACAGGGCCUUUGAAACAGCUGUGUCAUGGCUGGAAGAUCGAGUUUCUGAAAUAGGCCAUGAAGCUGAUACCCGAGACUCAAUACUUACAGUACAUACCUGUUUUCUAAUCAAAAGUCUGUCUCAAAGGGAGGAUCAUAUACGAGAUAUUGCAGAGAACUUGUUGACUCAACUUAGAGAUAGGUUUCCACAGGUUUUAUGGGAUUCAUCCUGCUUAGACUCAUUGCUAUUUUCAUUUAAUGAUGACUCUUCUUCUGCUGUCAUCAAUGAUCCUGCUUGGACAGUAACAGUCCGUUCGUUAUAUCAGAGAAUUGUUCGUGAAUGGAUAAUUAAAUCACUUUCAAGUGCUCCAUGCACUAGCCAGGGCCUUCUGCAGGAUAAACUUUGUAAAGCAAACACUUGGCAAAGAGCACAGCCCUCCAUUGAUGUUGUUUUACUUUUAUCUGAGAUACGAAUUGGCACUGGGAAAAAUGACAACUGGUCAAUGCAAACAGCAAAUAUUCCUGCAGUCAUGGCUGCCGCAGCUGCAGCUUCAGGAGCAAACUUAAAAGCGUCAGAGUCUUUUAAUCUAGAGGUUAUCAGUUCUGGUAAGUGUAAUCAAGCUUCAGCGACAGUCAAGUGCAACCACGCUGGAGAAAUUGCUGGCAUGAGAAGGUUGUAUAACAGCAUUGGUGGAUUUCAAUCCAGUACGGGGCUUGGAGCUGGGCUUCAAAGAAUUAUAUCUGGAGCUUUUCCUCAACAACCACAAGCUGAGGAUGACUCAUUCAAUGGAAUGUUGCUUAAUAAGUUUGUGCGUUUACUUCAACAGUUUGUCAACAUAGCAGAGAAAGGUGGGGAAGUGGUCAGGUCUGAAUUUCGUGAUACUUGCUCUCAGGCUACUGUGCUGCUGUUGUCAAAUUUGAGUUCUGGAUCCAAAUCGAACAUGGAGGGCUUCUCACAACUUCUUCGUCUUCUUUGCUGGUGUCCUGCUUAUAUCUCCACCCAUGAUGCAAUGGAAACAGGUGUUUACAUAUGGACGUGGUUGGUUUCUGCUGCACCUCAGCUUGGAGCUCUCGUUCUUGCCGAGCUUGUUGAUGCAUGGUUAUGGACAAUUGACACCAAGCGGGGUCUUUUUGCAUCUGAAACAAGGUAUUCCGGGCCUGCUGCAAGACUGAGGCCUCACCUGUCCCCUGGGGAGCCUGAAUUGCAGUCCGAGAUUGACCCUGUUGAGCAGAUAAUUGCUCAUCGACUAUGGCUUGGAUUUCUCAUUGAUCGCUUUGAGGCGGUUCGACACCAAAGUGUGGAGCAACUUUUGCUUCUUGGUAGGAUGUUGCAGGGGACAACAAAACUUCCCUGGAGCUUUUCACACCAUCCUGCAGCCACUGGCACUUUUUUCACUCUCAUGCUUCUAGGGCUCAAGUACUGCUCUUGCCAGUUUCAGGGCAAUUUGCAAAAAUUUCAAAUAGGGCUUCAGCUGCUGGAAGAUCGGAUUUAUCGGGCCUCUUUGGGUUGGUUUGCUUAUGAGCCUGAGUGGUAUGAUACAAACUAUACAAAUUUUGCUCAGUGUGAGGCUCAGUCCGUUUCUCUAUUUGUUCACUACCUUUCAAAUGUGAAAGGAGAUGUUGUUCAAUUUGGUUCAAAAGGAAAUGGACAAGAAAAUGGGAAUUCUUUGGCUGAUGUGAAUGAUCACUAUCAUCCUGUUUGGGGUCAAAUGGAGAACUAUGCUGUAGGCAGAGAAAAACGUCGGCAGCUACUCUUAAUGCUAUGCCAACAUGAGGCUGAUAGGCUUGAGGUCUGGGCGCAACCAACUAACACAAAAGAAAGUGGUUCCCGACCCAAGUUUAGCUCAGAUAAAUGGAUAGAAUAUAGUAGGACUGCCUUCGCUGUUGAUCCUAGGAUUGCUUUAUGCUUGGCCUCAAGGUUCCCGACCAACGCAUUUGUGAAGACCGAAGUAACUCAGCUGGUUCAGGCACAUAUAGUGGACGUGCGCAACAUACCAGAAGCAUUACCUUACUUUAUUACCCCAAAGGCUGUUGAUGAUAAUUCAGUGCUAUUGCAACAAUUGCCUCAUUGGGCUCCUUGUUCUAUUACACAAGCUCUGGAGUUCCUUACUCCUGCAUACAAGGGGCAUCCUCGGGUCAUGGCAUAUGUCUUAAGGGUUCUGGAAACCUAUCCUCCUGAAAGAGUGACCUUUUUUAUGCCACAGCUGGUGCAGUCUUUGCGACAUGAUGAAGGGAGAUUAGUAGAAGGUUAUUUGCUUAGAGCUGCUCAAAGAAGUGACAUAUUUGCUCACAUUCUUAUCUGGCAUCUGCAGGGUGAGACUGUACCUGAGGUAGGAAAAGAUCCAAACAGUGUAAAGAAUGGUUCAUUUCUAGAACUGCUGCCAGCUGUAAGACAGCGAAUAAUUGAUGGUUUUAGUCCAAAGGCACUUGACAUAUUUAGAAGAGAGUUUGAUUUCUUUGACAAAGUUACAUCCAUAUCUGGUGUACUAUUUCCACUCCCUAAGGAAGAACGUCGAGCUGGUAUCCGAAGAGAGUUGGAGAAAAUUGAACUAGAGGGUGAAGACCUAUAUCUACCAACAGCUCCUAACAAGCUUGUUACGGGUAUUCGAGUAGAUAGCGGCAUUCCCUUACAGUCAGCUGCAAAAGUCCCUAUCAUGAUAACAUUUAACGUGGUUGAUCGAGAUGGGGACAAAAAUGAUAUAAAGCCACAAGCUUGCAUUUUCAAGGUUGGAGAUGACUGUAGACAAGAUGUUCUUGCCCUUCAAGUAAUAGCACUUCUUAGAGAUAUAUUUGAAGCUGUCGGAUUAAAUCUCUAUCUAUUUCCUUAUGGUGUUCUGCCUACUGGUCCUGAGAGAGGUAUAAUAGAGGUUGUGCCUAAUACACGUAGUAGAAGUCAGAUGGGGGAAACAACUGAUGGGGGUUUGCUCGAGAUAUUUCAGCAAGACUAUGGACCUGUUGGGUCUAGCAGUUUUGAGGCUGCUCGCCAGAACUUUAUCAUUAGUAGUGCUGGUUAUGCUGUUGCUAGUCUGUUGCUUCAACCAAAGGAUAGGCACAAUGGGAACCUUCUCUUUGAUAAUGUUGGGAGGCUUGUUCAUAUUGACUUCGGUUUCAUCCUAGAAACUUCUCCCGGUGGGAAUAUGCGUUUUGAAAGUGCACAUUUUAAGCUGAGCCAUGAGAUGACGCAAUUACUAGAUCCAUCAGGUGUUAUGAAGAGUGAUACAUGGAACCAAUUUUUAAGAUUGUGUGUGAAGGGAUACCUUGCUGCCCGUCAACAUAUGGAUGGGAUCAUCACUACUGUGGCAUUAAUGCUGGACAGCGGUUUACCUUGCUUCAGCAGGGGAGACCCCAUUGGCAAUCUUCGGAAGAGAUUUCAUCCGGAGAUGAGUGAGCGUGAAGCAGCCAAUUUCAUGACCCAUGUGUGUAAAGAUGCUUACAAUAAGUGGACCACUGCUGGCUAUGACUUGAUACAGUACCUGCAGCAAGGCAUCGAGAAGUGAGAAAUAAUAUAGAACUCACCUACCAUGUACAUGGUUGCUUGUAAUUUUACAUUCAUUGUUGUCUUGUGCUUUGUUUUUUUUUUUUUUUGAGGAAUUUUGACGGUUAUAGUAUUAAGGAGGGAAUAGUAUAAAUGGCAGAUGAAGAUUUAUAAGGAUCUUUUUUUUUUUUUUUUCCAUUUUUU